UGCGAAACUUGGUGACUCCUAACAAGUCGAUGGGCCAGAACUUCCUCAAGAACCCGAUGAUCGUAGAGGGAAUCGUUGACCGUGCGGCAGUGAAGCGAACAGACGUCGUUCUCGAGAUCGGUCCGGGAACCGGUAACCUGACGGUCCGUCUAUUGGAGAGGGCGAAGCGGGUGAUUGCCGUGGAGCUGGACACAAGAAUGGUCAGGGAGGUGAUGAAGCGCGUGGAGGGGACAGAGUGGGAAAAAUCGCUCCAGAUCAUCCAGGGGGACGUGCUGAAGGUGCCCCUGCCCUUCUUCGAUGUGCUCGUGGCAAACGUUCCGUACAACAUAUCGUCGCCUUUGCUGUUCAAGCUCUUGGCGCACCGCCCGAUGUUCCGUUGUGCGGUGAUCAUGUUCCAGGAGGAGUUCGCGCAAAGACUUACCGCCAGGCCAAACACAGACAUGUGGUGCCGCCUAUCCGUGAACACGCAGCUCUUGGCGAAGGUCGACCAGCUCUUUAAGGUAAAUCGGAACAAUUUCCGUCCGCCUCCCAAGGUGGACUCGCGCGUGGUCCGAAUAGAACUGCGCAACCCUCCGCCGCCGGUGAACUUCACGGAGUGGGACGGCAUGAUCCGCGUGAUCUUCAACCGCAAGCACAAGACGCUGCGGGCGACGCUGACGACCAAGGCCACUCUCAAGGCGUGUCUGCUGGCGAGCAACGUCAACACGUACCGAGCGAUCAGCAGGGCGGCGGCAGGGGGGAGCGUAUCCGUAGGCGGGGGCCGCGCAAAGUCGACGGCAAAGCCGGCAAGGGGUGUUGCUGCUGCCGUAGACGCUAUGGACGAGGAGGGGGAGGAAGACGGGGGGGACGGUCGUGCUACGGAAGCGGAGGUGAAGGAGAUGGUGGAAAGCGUGCUGGAGAAUGAGUCACUGGAGGGGAGGAGGGCCGCUAGCAUGGACAUCGACGACCUGCUGGCGCUGCUGUCUGCCUUCAACGAAAAGGGCGUCCACUUUGCCUGAUUGACUACGUCGAUCCCAUGCGCCAUACGGAAUAUGGUAUAAGGAAUGUUUCGUCAAUAACACGGUAUGGCAUGUAGUUGCGUCCUUUCGUGAUGGCUUCUAGUAGGUUGAGGUGGUGUCAUUGGUUGGAUUUUCAGGUCGGUCGGCUUUGUUGGCUCAUGAAGGAAGGGGCUAUGGUGCUGUACGGAGCAACGUUGUUUCCGAUCGGAGUGAGCCACUGCCUGUUGGUUUAGGCUUCGGGGUACAAGGCCGAAGAUUAUGCGAUGGUGUACUGCUGUUCUCCCUGCUUUGCUCGUUCACAACUGUGGCGUAUGAGUAUGUAUUCAAGGGGGGCAUGUGGUUCACGUUGUGGUUGGUUCGCUGGAAUGGAAGAAGAUGAGAUUGAAAUGGCCGAACCGCUUCGUAAAGGGAGAGCCUAUGGCGUUUUUUUUUAGCCCGACGACGGCUAGGUUUGUCGCCACUACCACUACCCCCCGGGCAUGCAUGCACUGGAGUAGUGUUCCGCGGCGGUGACGGUUCUUGUUUGGUAUAUGUAGGCCUACCUGGUCCCACGAACUUGUUGAAUCUUGGCGUCGCACGGAAGUCUGUCUUUCUUGCCCGGCAUUGGUACAAUAUCGGUGCGGUGCGGUCGGAACUAUCCCGGGAGCAGAAAUGACACAUCCACCCACACGAUGUACGCGUAUUGUUUUCGUGCGGUGCAGUUCGCCCAGAGCCGUUAAAGUCCACCGAAUUUUCUGUUUGAGCCUGCUAUACACACGGGAAGGGAGAUUACUGCUGUAUGUCAGACGAUGAUCAGCAUGGCACAGCAGUGUUGUGAAUCGUGGUCGAUCGAAAGGAAAGAUCUGUUUGGUAUGCACGAAACCGCAUGUCUUAUUGUUUGCAAUC